UUUAAAUGUUAUUUCCAAAACCUGAAGGCUAUAUUCUACCUAAUCCAGAUUCCAUAAAGGUGGGGCCUGGACCUGAAGAGUCAAAGUAUGUAGCGAAUCCGACAAAAGGAUUAUCUGGGGAUCCGUCCAAACCUCCUAGAAAGCAGUAUACGCUCAUGAAGCAAACUCCGUUACCAGUUGACCAGCCAAAAUUUCUUCGGCCUUCUUUAUCAGUUGAAGAUAUCCAUGGGGCCAAAUCUCGAAGAUUGUAUAGAGGAACUGCUAAAAAUAUACUUGAUAUCAAAGAUAUAGACGGUUCUAAGCCAAAGAAGCCAAGAGAAAGAGACACCAAGGAGUAUAACGCCAUGGAUUACUCUGAUGUCAGUGCUAAAUAGAGGCAUGAAGAUAACAACACCAGAAAUGAGUAUUACCAAGCCCAAGCCGAACUUCUACAAUAGAGAUCCUGGUCAAAGCACUAGGCGGGCGACUAAAGAAUGGGCUCAAGAUAAUCUAUACUUGUUUCAAAAAGAUCAAGAGUCUCAAUUUCAGCUUUCACAAAGGUCUCCGUAUGCUAACACUGGUGAGGCUAGACAGAAAACUUACAUGGCUAAAGAGCUUGAAGGAGGGUUCCCUGAUUAUUAUGGAGAAGGAUUUAACAGACAGAAUGAACAAGAAAAUCAAUUCAAUCCCUCAGUUAAUCCUGAAGAGAAAUAUAUGAAGCCAUUUCAGAGUCGAUCAACGGCUUCUUUAAAUCAAGUAAAUCACGAUGGAAUGGUAAAUUUUACCCAAGAUCCUUAUCAAGACUCUGUAAAUCCAAAGACAUUUAGAGGCCCUCAGCCAGGUUUAAAAAUGACUGAUGAGAAUAGAUCUGGAGUAUACCAGCCUCCUCAUGAUAUAAAUUCUGGAUCUGAAAGGUUUACGACACUGAACAAUCCUCAUACAAUAAACAAGGGUGCUUACAAUGCACCUAAUAAUAACCCUCGUUCUUUUCAGAGCUUAAGACAUAUCAUAGGGUAGAUUACAGGGCUGAUAACAAUAAGUUCAAUA